GCGCAUCGUCUCAAACAACAUGGAUAAACUCGUGGUCCUCGUUACAGCAUUUUGGAGCUGGCUUUGGAUCAUUCAGACAGUAUUGGGAGACUAUGACGUAUCGGUCCUGUUACUGGAGUACAACAGAGACGAGGACUGUAGCUGUGAUAAUGGAUGGGCAUUUUGGGGUUGUAGAGAGUGUGAUGUCUACUUCCAGAUCUGUCUACAACCUCUGUCUCCGGCACAAGGUCAGAUUUGUCAGGGAAAUAAUCAAGAUGACCGGGUAGAUGACACACAUCACUUUCUGUUCGCUGAUGCUCUAAGGGGCCAUGAUACUUAUAUGUGGAGAAACCUUGGGGGUCAGCCCUCGUUUGAAAUAUCUGUCUACGUCUUUGAAUACGAUUCUAUUGGCGGCAACGACGAUCUGGGUGUGACUAACUACACAUACAGAGAUAAAAGACCCACGGUACAGACUGUCACCACCACCCCCGGGAACAAGAACAUGAGGUAUACAAGAGUGUCUGUUGGUGAGUUUUCUGUAGAUGUGAAUCUGGUCCGUUACUACCGACAGCCAGACAGAUGUUGUGACCGUGUGCUCUUUGUCUGUAACGAUUGUGACGUGUACAUGAAGGUCUGUCUCUAUCCCAGCGGUCUAUCUAGUCCAGCAUGUCAAGGAGACAACAAAAAUUACCGUGUAGACGACACGCAUGGAUUUCUCUUCAAGGACCAGCCCAAGAUUAGAGACCAUUCCGACUUUAAAUGGCACAACCUCAGGGGUAACCAAAUUAAUGUUACUGUGGAGGUUGUUGUUUACGACUACGAGUCUUUUGAAUCGGACACAACGCUUGGGAUUUUACAAUACAGAUACAUAGGUCAAAAGGUCCAAAACAAAUCAAUUACUACACUACCGGGUAGUAAACAAUUAGAGGUAGAGUUUUUGUUGAGUGUAACGUGCAGCCCUCAUUAUUAUGGUCCGUCGUGUUCUAAAGAAUGCGUGCCAAAGGGAAAUUUGACAUGCGACUCUAACGGUCAACUAGUGUGUCCACCCAGUCAUUGUGGAUCUGAUUGCUGUAAAGGGUGUAUAGCGUACGAUAGCUUUGUUUGCGAUAAUAAUGGUACGCUUACGUGUGGACCAAAUCACUAUGGACAUAACUGUACGAUAAAAUGUAAUCCUAAUUCUAAUCAGUUCUGUGACGCAUCAGGAACACUUCAUUGCAAGUCUACAUUCUAUGGACCACAAUGUCUUAUUAAAUGUGUAGAAAAUGGUAAUUUAGUUUGUGAUUCCAGUGGUCAUCUUGUCUGUAGAAACUCUCAUUGUGGAAAUGACUGCUGUGGUACAUGCAUUGCAAAUGGGAAUCAUAUUUGUUCAUCAAAUGGAACACUUGCUUGCAAACAUUCUUACUAUGGUACUAAUUGCUCAUCGAGAUGUUUACCAAAUAUUAAUCAAACCUGUGACAAGGAUGGUAAUUUACAUUGCAAGUUAAACCACUUUGGCACCAACUGCUCCGAAACAUGCCUUCCACGAAGUCACCUGCUGUGCAAUGAGAAUGGAGAACACAUUUGCCAACCUAACUACUGUGGAGAUGACUGUUGUGGAAAGUGUAUCUCUGAGGGAAAUUUUAUCUGCAAAAACCAGACCAAGACAUGCAAAGACACUUACUACGGAACAAACUGUAGCAUCCAGUGCGUUCCGAAUGAAAAUCAAAUAUGUGAUGCAACAGGCACUUUAAGAUGCAAAGCUUUGUAUUACGGUGAGAACUGUUCUACUCAUUGUGUUCCAAAAGGCAAUGUUUCUUGCGACUCUGAAGGUCAAUUUGUCUGCAAGAUAAAUCACUGUGGUGAAGAUUGUUGUGGAAAAUGUAUUGCACAGGAAAAUCAUAUCUGUACAUCCAAUGGAACACUAGCCUGUAAAACGUCGUAUUACGGUAUCAAUUGCUCCAAAAGAUGUUUACCAAACAUGAAUCAAAUCUGUGACAAGAAUGGUAAUUUACAUUGCAAGCCAAACUAUUUUGGCACCAGCUGCUCCAUAUUAUGUCUUCCACAAAAUCACUUAGUGUGUGAUACGAAUGGAGACCACGUUUGCCAGCCUCACUACUGUGGAGAAGAUUGUUGUGGACAGUGUAUCUCUGAGGGAAAUUUCAUCUGCAAAAAUCAGACCAAGUUAUGCAGAGACACUUACUACGGAAUCAACUGUAGCACCCAGUGUGUUCCAAAUGAAAAUCAAAUCUGUGAUGCAACAGGCACCUUAAAAUGCAAGCCCUCAUAUUAUGGUCAGAGUUGUUCUACACAUUGUGUCCCCAAGGGCAAUAUUUCUUGUGACUCUGAAGGUCAACAUGUCUGUAAAACUAAUCAUUGUGGUGGAGAUUGUUGUGGGAAAUGUAUUGCACAUGGUAACUAUGCCUGUAACAAUACAGGUUUCUUAGUAUGUAAACCCAACUAUUAUGGAUUAAAUUGCUCUAAACAUUGUUCUUCCGACGGAAAUAAAGUGUGCAAUUCCGCAGGAGAUUUGAUUUGUAAAGAAAAUUUCUAUGGACAAGACUGUUUAAUUAACUGCAUUUCUCAUGGUAACCUUUCCUGUAGCUCGGAUGGCAGACUCGUGUGCAACAGAAACCACUGCGACACCGAUUGCUGUGGGGGUUGUAUUGCUUCUGAAAACGAAGUUUGUACAAAAAAUGGAAUACUAAAAUGUAAACAAAAUUAUUAUGGACUUAACUGUACAAAAAUGUGUAUUGGUGGCAAAACAACAACUUGUAAUGAACAGGGAAACACGGUAUGUAAAUUGAAUUACUUUGGUGAGAAUUGUUUGGUGUUUUGUAUUCCUGUUGGUAACCUGGUCUGUGACAAUAAAGGCAGUUUGGUCUGUAAUACGAGCCAUUGUGGCACUGACUGUUGUGGGUCGUGUUUAGCAUCUGGCAACGAGAUUUGCUCAAAUAGCGGUACACUUGUAUGUAAAGAUCAUUAUUAUGGUGAAAACUGCUCAACACAUUGUUUACCAGAAGGGAAUAAAGUUUGUGAUGGAAGCGGCAAUUUGGUUUGCAAAAAGGAUUUCUAUGGACAUAAUUGCACCAGAAAUUGCUUACAGAUAGGUAAUUUGACAUGUGAUGAAAAUGGUCAGCAUAAAUGUAUCCAAAACCACUGUGGACCAGACUGUUGUUUAGGUUGUAUAUCUGAUAACAAUAGUGAAUGCACAACUAACGGUACCAAAGUCUGUAAAUCAAACUUCUAUGGUACAAACUGUACAGUUCUUUGCAAACCACAAGAUCAUGAACGCUGCGAUAGGAAUGGAAAACUUGUUUGUGCUAAAAACUAUUAUGGAGAUAAAUGUGAAAAACGUUGUAUUCCGCAAGGAAAUCUUACGUGCUCUGAUAAAGGUGAUUUAACCUGUAAAAGAAAUCAUUGUGGUCCUGACUGUUGCUUAAAUUGUGUUUCUUCAGCCAACCAAAUGUGCACACCGGACGGUUCACUGGUGUGUCGACCUAACUACUACGGUUUAAAAUGCUCCCAUUUUUGCAAACCUGUCGGAAAUGUGGUGUGUAAUAAUUCAGGUGAUUCCAUUUGUGCUAAAAAUUUCUACGGACAGAACUGUUCCGUGCAUUGUGAAUCGUCGGGAAACCUCACGUGUAACGAUGCUGGUAAAUUGCAAUGCAAGUCAAAUCACUGCGGUACCGAUUGUUGUUUGGACUGUAUAGCUAAAGGAAAUAUUGUUUGCACAUCAUCUGGAAGUAGUCAAUGUAAGAGUAAUUUUUAUGGCACUGACUGUUCUGUUCACUGUGUUCCAAAAUUUAUAAAUCAAAUAUGCAAUCAUAGUGGGUUUUUUGAAUGUAAACCAUAUUAUUUCGGAAGAGACUGUUCGGUAUACUGCGAUCCACAUGGUGUCUUUGUUUGUGACAGUCUUGGACACAAGCGUUGUAGGGAGGGUUAUUGUGGACCAACAUGUUGCAACCAAUGCAUUGCUUCAAACACGACCUAUUGUGACAACGAAGGCAACGUUCACUGUAAACAAGACUAUUAUGGAACAAACUGUACUUAUUACUGCAGAUCGUCCAGCAAAUAUCAUUGUGGGCCACAUGGAGAUAAAAUAUGCAAUACAGGGUAUGGAGGAGAGGACUGCAAUGUGGUAGUGACAUCUUCAACGUCUCCACAAACCACGACAGAAGCGCCAACAUCUUACACCUCUACCGCAGGGACAAUCAAAGCGCUGUCAACUAAACACCACAGGACAGUUACAAGUGACCAGACAACUGAAAGAGAACUAACGACCGUCGUCAAAACAGCGAACACCGUAGCGAAUUCACGAACACAAACGACAAAAGAGGUCAGGACUAGCCAGUCAACUCAAUCCUUUACAAAACACCAGUCAUCUUCCUCCUAUAUAUCAACAAAAUUGUCUAAAUCGACUCACAAUAUCAAAAGCACUACAACAGACAGGAAAAGAUCAUCGACGUCUUUUUUUCAUACACCAGUUGAAACUUCUCGCUCAAAACAAGGUAUUACAAGUGCCACAACCAACAUGCUAAUCUCAUCACAAGCAGUCAUAACAAACGGACAGACUACCCCCGGUACUUCCACAAAAGUGAAUCUCUCUGCACCAAGACAGAAAGUUGUCACUGAUAAAAGCUGGGUAAACAGAUACAUGCCUGCUGUCGGUGGAUCACUUGGGGCAGUGGCCUUGAUACUCUUUAUUGUACUUGGUGCCAUACUGCGUAAAAAUCAACUCAGGAAUCGAUCAGUCCGGGAGAAAACUAGAAUAAUCGUUGGUAACACCACCGGAUAUCCAGAUGACCUUGGCCUUAGUGUGAUUGACCUGGAUGAGGCGACGUUUGACAACCCAACAUAUGGAACAUCGGAUCCCCUUUCUUUUAUUCAAAGGGAGAAAUCUAACCAAUCAAAAGCCUCAUUACAAAUUUCUGAUACAAAAAGUGUUGAGAGCAUGGAGGUCUAAGUUUACCCAUAAUAGUAAAAAUAUGUAUAUAAAAGCUCUGAUUUUAGGAUGAUUGGAUUUAUCAAAUUAACAUGGCUUUUAAAAAUAAACAAAAAUGUUCCA